GGGAUGGCACGGCCGAGUCCAGCGGCAUGCCGCGCAUGUAGGGCCGUUGGUGGCCACGAUUAGGGAGUCAUGUAAUCCCUUUCUAUUCAGCAAUUACAGAUGAUAAACGCAGCCAUUUUUGCAGCUCCAAAGACCCUGUGUUCCUUGUUCUCUGUUUUCAGUGAUUCUGAGAGCGCUGGUGUUCGGAGUUCGCCGGUGACAGCCGGAAUUCCGACAUUUGGCAUUAGAGCCGGGAGGAGGAGCCGAGGGAAUGGAUCGUGGUGAGGUACUGCCGCUGGCAUCGUGCUCCGGCGAUCCGCUGGGCGCUCAUGGUGGGUGAUGGGGACAAGCAGAAGGUCGAGACCCUUUCCGGGUCGCCGAAGAAACCAGGCAAGGGUGACGGCACCGGCGGGAGCGGUGAGACCGUGCGUGUUGUGCGGGAGAUCGUCGACGUUGCGCCAAAUUGGCCGAAGCUCACGAAGACCAACUACACUCACUGGGCGUUGGUGAUGAAGGUGAAGAUGCAGGCUCGCAACCUGUGGGAGGUAAUAGAGCCCGGCGGCGUCUCGUUCCAGAAGGACCGCAUGGCGCUCGACGCGAUCACCAGCGCCGUACCACCGGAGAUGGUGGCGGCCCUGGCGGCUAAGGACUCCACGCUGGAGGCGUGGAACGCAGUGAAGGCCAGGCGCAUCGGCAGCGACCAGGUCCAGAAGACGGAGGCGCAGCGCCUCCUCCGCGAGUUCGAGAACAUCAAGUUCAUCGCCGGCGAAAGCGUCGAUGAUUUCACGAUCCGUCUGCAGAACCUCACCGCCGAGCUCGAGACCGUAGGUGAGACGGUUUCGCGACGGAGGAUGGUGGAGAAGCUCCUCCGCGUCGUCCCCAAGUCCUUGCGCCAGGUGGCCAUCGCGAUUCAAGUCUCGACGGACCUCGCCACGCUGACGCUGGAAGACGCCAGCGGGCGGCUGCGCGCGGCGCAGGAGGCAGACGCCGAGGAUGAUGAAGCACCGCCGCCGCGGGCCAACGGCAAGCUGUAUCUCACGCGAGAGCAGUGGGAAGCGCAGGCACGGCAGCAGAAGGGGGAGGCUUCCUCCGGCGGAUCGAAGUCCGGCGCACGCCAGGGACGCGCGCGGCACGCUCCGUCCGACGGCGGCUCUGACGCUGGGCCGGGCCAGAAGGUGGCGGCGGAUCAAUGCUACCGGUGCAAGAAGACGGGCCACUGGGCUCGGGAGUGUCCGACGAAGCCCAAGAACCAGGCGGCCCACCUGGCCCAGUGGGAGAAUGAAGAGGUGACGUUGCUGAUGACUAGGGUGAGCUCGAUUCAGAUCUCACCCUCCCCCACUGCAGCGCAGGUCAACUCGGCACCGGCGACGGUGCCGAUGGUGGCGGAGAGGCCAGAAGAUGGGAGCCCAGUGGAGCUGGUGGAGGAGAAAGUCUUCGCGCAGUUCGACGGCGGUAGCUCCGACGACGGUGGGCUCUGGCACCUCGACAAGGGCGCGACCAACCACAUGUCCGGGUCGCGUGCCAUCUUCUUCGAGCUCGACCGCGGCAUCGUCGGGACGGUGCGGUUCGGGGACGGCUCGGUGGUCAAGAUCAAGGGGCGCGGGACAGUUGUGUUCUCCUGA